AUGCAUAGUGCAGCUGGUCGAGCCUUAUUCCAACAUUUGACAUUUAAAUCGAAUAUUCAACAAAUAUCAUCGAGAUAUUUAUCAUCAUCACAAUCAACAAGAUUAUGCAAAAUAUGCAGUUCAUCAAAUUUCAAUCGAUCACCAUCUUUUCUCAAUACUGCACAACAACAACAACGUAAUCUAUUAACAACUAAAUGUUUACGCCGUCAUCAUUUAUUUUCUACUCCCCAACAAAUCAGAUAUGCAUCAACUGCUAGUUUACCAUCUCAUCAAAAAUUAACACUUCCAGCUCUAUCACCCACAAUGGAGACAGGAACAUUGAGGUCUUGGUCAAAACAAGAAGGCGACAAAAUCGUUGAAGGUGAUAUAAUAGCGGAAAUAGAAACAGAUAAAACAACUCUUGGAUUUGAAGUUGGAGAAGAAGGUUAUCUUGCUAAAAUCGUAUUACCCGCUGGAAGUAAAGAUGUGCCAGUUGGAUCGGUUUGUGCAAUUGUAGUUGAAAAACAAGAAGAUAUAGCUGCAUUCAAAGAUUACAAAGAUGAAGGAGGAAAAUCCACAACAUCAUCGACUAAGAGUGAUGGUAGUGAGAAAAAAGAGACAAAAGCCCCUGAGAAAAAGAAAGAGACGUCGAAAGGACAAGUUCAACAAGAGAAAGAACAUUCGCCGUCAGAAAAUAAAACAACUAAAGCAAAAGAAACUGAAGAAAACCAACAGCAAGCGCAGGGAGAAGAUGGGAAAGAUCACGUAUUCAUAUCACCACUGGCAAAAAAGUUAGCAAAUGAAAAAGGAAUCGAUAUAAAAUCGGUUCAAGGUAGCGGACCGAAUGGUCGCAUCAUUGCCGAAGACGUAGAAAAAUUUAUCAAAGAUGGUGGUGCCAAACAACAACAAGUUAAACCAGCAACAGCCAAAGAACAACAGUCAGUCACCAAAACAAAGAAAGAGAAAACUACUACUACCGGCGGUUACGAUGAAAUUGACAUUUCUGAAAUACAAGCUGCAACAAAACGUGUAGCACAAUCGAAGGCAACCAUACCACAUUAUUAUUUAACAAUUGAAAUCGAAAUGAAUCAAAUAAUCAAAUUACGUCAAACAUUGAAUGAUAUGUUACAAUCAAAAGACAAAAAAGCCAAAGGAAUAACAAUUACGGAUUUUGUUAUAAAAGCGGCUGCACUAGCCUGUAAAAAAGUACCAGAAACAAAUAGUGUAUGGAUGGAUAAAAUGAUUAGACAGUACGAAACAGUUGAUAUUAAUGUGGCAAUAGCAACGGAUGCUGGUUUAAUGACACCAAUUAUUUACAAUGUUGAUCAAAAAGGUUUAUCUCAAAUAAGUAAUGAUGUAGCGGAACUUAGUGAAAAGGCCAAUCAAGGCAAAUUAUCUGCAGAUGAGUUGGAGUCAUGUAUCCUAGCUGUUGGUGGCAUACAAGAGAGACUUGUACCAGAUCAAAAGAAUGAAAAAGGUACUUUGUUCUUACAACGCGCUUGUCAAGUAAAAAAUCAAGUAAGACAAGCACUUGUCAAUUUACUGCUGGAAAAAAGGCGAACAAUGGCUUGGAAAACAUUGACAUCGCGUGGACUUUAUUCUAAAUUACGUCCAUUAUUAGCUGAUGCAUUAAGAGAUUAUCGUGCAUUAUACAAGAUACAAACAGCUGAUUAUCACGAAAAGGUCAUCGAACAUUAUGAAAAUCCUCGUAAUGUUGGCUCUUUCGAUAAAUCAGACGAUAACAUUGGAACAGGACUUGUUGGUGCGCCGGCAUGCGGAGAUGUUAUGAAAUUACAAAUCAAAGUGGAUGAAAAUGGAAAAAUAGUUGAUGCAAAAUUUAAAACAUUUGGUUGUGGUUCAGCAAUUGCAUCCAGUUCAUUAGCAACUGAAUGGAUCAAAGGGAAAUCGGUAAAUGAAGCAAAUACGAUUAAAAACUCUGAUAUAGCCAAGGAGCUAUGUUUACCACCGGUUAAAUUACAUUGCUCGAUGUUAGCUGAAGAUGCAAUCAAGGCAGCAAUAAGUGAUUAUCAAACCAAACGUCAACAAAAAAAAUCCUCAGCUUAA